CCGGGCCAAGAUUGACCGACUUCCGGCCAGGCCGUUGUCUGGGUGGCGCGGUCGAGUCAUCGUUGGGCCUCGCCGCUCCGAUCUCCCGUCCCUCCCCCCCGCCGCAGCGCGGGGGGGUCGACCAGCCAAGUGGGGGCGGGAGGUGACUCCGACCUUCCCCUUCACUUCGUUCUGGCCUGCACCCCGGCUACCCGCUUUGGGUCCUUGGGACCCGCGAGGCCCGGUCUGAGGGGCCGGGGCCUACGUGGGCCCGCUGCCGGGCCCCAUGAGGCAUAGCCUGACCAAACUGCUGGCGGCCUCGGGCAGCGACUCCCCAACCCGCAGCGAGAGCCCGGCGCCGGCCGCGACCUUCUCGCUGCCCCCGGACCUGAGCCGGGCGGCGGCGGAGGACGAAGGGACGGCGGCGGCCGGAUCUCCCGGCCGCAAACAGCCUCGCGGAAACGAGGGCGAGUCGGAGGCCGGGAGGGGGGGCCGCGGCGGCGUGGCCGUGCGCGCGCCCUCGCCCGAGGAGAUGGAGGAGGAGGCGGUCGCCAGCGUCCCCGGGGACGAAACGGAGGACAUGGACUUUCUGUCCGGGCUGGAACUGGCGGAUCUGCUGGACCCCCGGCAACCAGACUGGCACCUGGAGCCCGGGCUCAGCUCGCCCGGGCCUCUCUCCUCGUCCGGCGGAGGCUCGGAGAGCGGUGGCCUGUGGCGAGGGGACGACGACGACGAAGCCGCGGCCGCUGAGAUGCAGCGCUUUUCUGACCUGCUGCAGAGGCUGCUAAACGGCAUCGGCGGCUGCAGCAGCGGCAGUGACACUGGCGGCGGCGAAAAGAGGCGGAGAAAGUCCCCCGGAGGCGGCGGCGGCAGCAGCGGCGGCAACGACAGCAACCAGGCGGCGACAAAGAGUCCCCGGAAGGCGGCGGCGGCGGCCGCUCGUCUGAAUCGGCUGAAGAAGAAGGAGUACGUGAUGGGGCUGGAGAGCCGAGUCCGGGGUCUGGCAGCCGAGAACCAGGAGCUGCGGGCCGAGAAUCGGGAGCUGGGCAAGCGCGUCCAAGCACUGCAGGAGGAGAGUCGCUACCUACGGGCCGUCUUAGCCAACGAGACCGGACUGGCUCGCUUGCUGAGCCGGCUGAGCGGCGUGGGACUGCGGCUGACCACCUCGCUCUUCAGAGACUCGCCCGCCGGGGACCAUGACUACGCGCUGCCGGUGGGAAAGCAGCAGCAGGACCUGCUGGAAGAGGACGACUCAGCCGGAGGAGUGUGUCUUCAUGUGGACAAGGAUAAGGUGUCGGUGGAGUUCUGCUCAGCGUGCGCCCGGAAGGCGUCGUCUUCUCUUAAAAUGUAGGGUCAAGUAAUCUGCUCUUUAUCCGCGUUUACCCCUUUCAACUCCCUUACACCAUGUAAAACACCUUAGUGGGACAUCUUCACUGGACACAUUUCAGAGGAGGAAAAAAAAAAGUAAUAUUGAAUCUUUAAGUGUUUAGCUAAAAGCAUGAAUGUGACACUGUAACCAACUCCUAAUGAUAACAUGUGACUAUUAAAUCUCUCUGACAGUUUCUUUUUUAGGUGAUUUCCUUCCUGCCAGGCUCCGUUGUAGGGGUUACAGAACAGUCGUUCCCGCCUCACAACCUGGUAAGGAUCCAUCUCUUCACGUAACGCUCAUGCUCUGCUGCUUAGUCUACUUUAAUGGGCAACAUCUCAAUUCGUGUGUGUGUGUGUGAUUUUUUUUUUUUUCUUUUUUGGAAGGUGGGAGGGGAAUCUAAUUUGGGCCCUGUCCACCCUGGAAACAGACUUGUGCUGGUCAGUAAUGUAUUCAAGAUGCUUCUUCUGGUUGAAAUAGCUGUUAAUGUGUCCCCUUGUUCAGACUUGCGUGUACCUAGCUCUUCUGUCCCCAGUGUGGACAUGGCCUUGGAUGACAUCGGUUCCAACUGUACACUGAAAGCUGCUAAUAGAGAUACAGUUUGGAGACAGUGACACAGGUGAAGUUGAAUGGAAGUUCCGAGUUGUACAAGGUGCAAAUUGGAAUUCCAAUUUUAGAGCAACUUUUCAGAGGUUGACAAUAAGUACUUGGGGCAUGCACAAAUGUGAUAGUUAUUUUGCCGGAGAUAACAGAAAUCUCUUGAAUAAUCAAGAAUGCCUUUUAGUUUUCUUAGGUCUAGACAUACAGUCUAUUCAGAUUAUAGAUUUUUAUAUCACCAUUAGAGAAAUUGGAAAUUAAUGUGCACAUCAGACUCCUGUGUUGGUUAAUUGAAGGGGGAAUAAGCAUGGUCAAUGGAAUGUCUCUUUGAGGACCAGCACAGUGAUUAUCCUAUCACUGAGUAUGAAUAAAUUGUUGAACACCUUUAUUUUUGUUGUACUAAAAUUUUAGGUUAAAUUUAUGUAUGAUUAGACAUUGACGGUUAUGAAAUGUGAAUGAAAACGUGUAAAGUGAGGUUUCACAAAGAAUCUUAUUUUCCAUAUUUUAAGUCUGUGACCUAUUUAAAAAUAAGUUUUGAAAUUGAGUGGUUCUGGCUACCUAAUGACACAAUUGACACUUUUCCCAAAGUUGGGACAUAGUCUUCCCUUGAAGUACUCUAUUGUCCAGUUGUAUGGAUUGAGUCACUGUGUCCUUCAGUGUAAGAGGCAUUAAGAAAUUCUUUGUGAAACAUCACUGUUUGAUAAAGUAUAUACGUAUUUAGCAUCCUUGUUUUUCUUUGUGCUAAAGUGGAUACAGCUGUUGGGGCAGAAGAGACGGGACCAGCUGCUGGCCACAUUUCCUGCUUUAUUUUAAAAGUUAUGGGCUCAAAGAAUUUAUUCAUCUCUAACAUGACAUUGGAAAAUAAUGGAUGAAAAUAGGAAAAAUGAUUGUUGUUAAUGCUGUGGGUCUUUAAAGGUUCUGGAAGCAGUAAGUGCGUUUUUCUAAAAAUUAUCCCAUUCCCUUGGAGUAUUUUCUUCCUAACGUCAAUGAUUUUCCUGCAUUAUUUGAAGUUUGGGGCUGGGGAGAAACAGUAGCAAAGCUUUCUGAAUUGGGAUGCUUUGAAAUUCCAAGUCUAGAUUUUUAGAAUGUCAUUUUAUAAAUGGCAGUUUUUGGAAAUACUUGAUUAAGAACUUUUGAAAAUGGAGAUUAGUAUCGAAUAUUUUAAAAGCUGCUUUGUUAGGUUCCUUAUGUUUCAACUGUCUUUUCUUAGUUUCCAUUUCAUUCGUUUUUUUUUUUUCUAAUUUUGGUGACUUAGUGAUUUUGUCAUUUUUUACAUCAGCGUCACGGUCUUGUUUUUACAUGGUAUUGCAUGUACUUAGGACCUAUCAGGGGCUUUAAAUGAAUUUGGUCAUAUUUAUGUGUAAGCACAUUUUACUGUAAAUGUUUGGGUUUCUGAAUUUACAACGGAUCUGUUUAUUUCAGUAUGUAGUAAACAAUAUCUUAAAGUGUCCUAUUCACUACUUGUUAAUUAAAAAAUUAUGAUUAAUAUGAAA